ACACCAGUACCCUUACUCUCCCAUCAGUUAUAUACUUCCAUGCCAUCUUUCUUCGUUGCAUAGAGGAGUUUCCGUGGCAUAAGCACACACCCUCUUUGACUCCCAAGAUCACCAUUUUUGCCUGAACCUCCUAACUCUUGAGAGGUUUGUCAAACUCACUAAGAUUGUGGGGGCAAAGUGGUAGUAUUGGAUUUGGAGUUAAGCUUUCUUACAUGUCACUACUCACUACCUCAUAAAUAACCAACCACCCAUGACCCAUCUUUCUUUCCCACAACUUUUAAGUCUUUCAUUCUAUAUACUGUUCGAGUCUUGAUUAUACUCUGCAGUGUGACUGUGCACAAACUUUGGUAUUUCACACAUCAUUUCAACCUUAACAUUUACUCCAAAGCCUAACUUGGCUUGUUCUUCUCUGUCAUAACAGAGAUGGUUGAGUCCAAGGAUGGUGUUGCCAACAAGUAUCAUCACCAAACAUUUAACGUCUCUAUUGAGAUGCAUCAACAAGGAGGCUCCAAGUGUUUCGACGAUGAUGGUCGCCCCAAAAGAAACGGGACGGUGUGGACUGCAAGUGCACACAUAAUAACUGCAGUGAUAGGAUCUGGGGUGCUGUCUCUGGCUUGGGCCAUAGCUCAGCUCGGAUGGAUUGCUGGUCCUCUUGUUAUGGUUCUCUUCUCUGCCAUAACUUACUACACCUCCAUUCUUCUCUCUGAUUGUUAUCGUACUGGUGAUCCUCUCACUGGCAAGAGAAACUACACUUACAUGGAUGCUAUUCAUUCUAACUUUGGUGGCAAUGCCUUUAAGGUCAAAAUGUGUGGGCUAGUACAGUAUAUUAACCUUUUCGGAGUAGCCAUUGGUUACACUAUAGCGGCUUCCAUUAGCAUGAUGGCAAUCGAAAGAUCUAAUUGUUUCCACAAGAGUGGAGGGAAAGAUCCAUGUCAUAUGAACAGCAAUGUCUACAUGAUUUCAUUUGGUAUUGUGCAAAUUAUUUUCUCUCAAAUUCCAGGCUUCGAUCAAUUAUGGUGGCUCUCCAUUGUAGCUGCUGUCAUGUCCUUCACAUAUUCCACUAUUGGCCUAGGACUGGGUGUUGGAAAAGUUAUAGAAAACAGAAGAGUUGGGGGAAGCCUAACAGGUAUAACCGUUGGUACUGUGACACAAAUUGAUAAAGUUUGGAGGACCAUGCAAGCUCUUGGUGACAUAGCCUUUGCCUAUUCAUACUCCUUAAUCCUUAUAGAAAUUCAGGACACAGUGAAAUCCCCUCCAUCAGAGUCAAAAACAAUGAGAAAGGCUACUUUCAUCAGUGUUUCAGUGACCUCCAUUUUCUACAUGCUUUGUGGCUGCUUUGGUUAUGCUUCUUUCGGAGAUUCAAGUCCUGGAAACCUUCUCACUGGAUUUGGCUUCUACAACCCUUUCUGGCUCCUUGACAUAGCUAAUUCUGCCAUAGUGAUCCACCUUGUUGGUUCAUACCAAGUUUACUGCCAACCCCUCUUUGCUUUCGUUGAAAAACACGUGGCACGUAGAUUCCCAAAUAGUGUUUUUGUGAACAAAGAAAUUGAAAUACCUCUCCCUGGUUACCAACCCUACAAGCUGAACCUCUUCCGAUUGGUUUGGAGGACAAUAUUUGUGGUGGUGAGCACUGUGAUAUCAAUGCUCCUCCCAUUCUUCAAUGACAUAGGGGGGCUUCUUGGAGCUCUUGGAUUUUGGCCACUCACUGUUUAUUUCCCAGUGGAAAUGUACAUUGUUCAAAAGAAAAUACCAAAGUGGAGCACAAAGUGGAUAUGCCUCCAAAUACUUAACAUAUCUUGCCUUUUGAUCACUAUAGGAGCUGCAGCUGGAUCUAUUGCUGGGAUCGUCAUUGACCUUCAAACUUACAAGCCUUUCAAGACCAACUAUUGAUGGGACUGUACUAUGAUUGUUGCAAUAUCAGAGACAAAAUUUCAUUUCUUGGUUAUGUUCAUAUGAAGCCAAGGAUGGUCAUCUUAUUUGUUUAUGGCCUAGCAGCCCUUUGCGUUGCACUUCUUUCUAAUGUUAUGUUAUGUUUUCAUUACUCUAACUGCAAAAUGGAAGAAGUGAAGUGAAUGCAUAUAAGUAAAAUGGAUUUGUCCACACAAAUUUUAAAAGCACAUGCACCUAUUUAAAUUUGAAAGA